GCCCGGUCGUGAAAAGGAGGCUCGGUCCCGGCCGCGGAGAAGGUUGUCAUUGUGAGCCACAUCUGCGGUGCCCGUGAGAGCUCCGGCUGCCUUCUCUGGCCGUUCGCCAUGGCGGCGGCCCUGGCCCGCAAAGCCGCGGACUAUGUGCGCAGCAAGGAGUUCAGGGAUUAUCUCAUGAGUACGCACUUCUGGGGACCUGUUGCCAACUGGGGACUUCCCAUUGCUGCAUUCAGUGAUAUGAAGAAAUCACCAGAAAUCAUAAGUGGCCGAAUGACAUUUGCACUUUGCUGCUAUUCUUUGACUUUUAUGAGGUUUGCAUAUAAGGUGCAACCCAGGAACUGGUUGUUGUUUGCUUGUCACUUCACUAAUGAAGUUGCACAACUUAUUCAAGGAGGAAGGUUGAUCAAAUAUAAUCUGAAAAAAAAUAAUUGAAUAUUUCAUUCAUGGAGAAAAAUUUAAAAGGUGCUGCUCUUCACAGAAUACAAGCAAGGAAGGACUUUGUCAUCAUCUCUUUUUGUUUUUUUGCAUCACCACCAUCAUGGAAAUAUUCAUACUAGCAUUCAGUAUCAUUUGUUAACUUUUUAAGCUUCCCUUAUACAAAGUACUGCACAGCUGUUCAAAAAUUAGAUUACUUUCCUGCCUUAAAAUAAUUUUUUAAUAUUUACAAAAUUACUCAAAUAUGUACCAACUUUUCUGAAAUAAAAAACCCUGCUAAUUUAAGAAAAACAAGAAAAGGCAUGAUUAAUAAAAUGUGAUUUUUGAAACUGAAUGUUGGUUAUUUUGCAGUCAGAUGUACAAAUGCAUUGAAAUUGUGAUUCUGCCUCUAAGAGCAUUGGAGCAAAGUAAAAUAUUCAAAAGCAUCAUUUGUUAACACUUACAAAGUCAAGAUUGGUUAUCAGUUCUCCAUAUAAGCAAUUGAAAAUUGAUUCCUCAAUUAACUUUUGUGAGGCUAAUAGUUUAAAUAUAUUACAACUGCUAAAUUUUAUAUUUGACACUUAUACUUAAAAUUAUUUUUACGAAGAAAUAAAAAAGGCAGUGAGGUGCCAAUUAAUUUAUGAGUGGAUUCCAACAAACUCUGUCCUGAUUCAUUACAUUAGAAUACAAAAUUGACACAGCUUAAUUUACAUGAUUUGGUAAAAUAUAUCAUCUUACCUUUGUAUGUAAGCAUUCUGCAAAUGAUACAUUCAGUGCCAGGAUGUUUUAUAAGCACACGUACCUGUGAGCAAAGUAGUUACUGUACCACAUCCUAUUGCGGUGUAGAUAGCAUCUCUCUUAAGAGUCCAAUUGAACUCUUAUUUAUAACAAAUAAAAUAGUAUGAUUCUAUUUUUGCAUUCAUCCGCAGAUGCCAUAUUAUUAACAUAAAAAAAUAAGAAUGAAUACUUUUGAAAGAUUAUUAGUUUAAUUUGACCUUUUUGUUGUGAUUUUUAUCAACAAUUGUAAUGCACUAUAUAUAGAUUGUCUUAUAAUGUUUUACUUCAACAACUUUGGGGCAGUAAACCUUCCCUAUGGGGAGAAAUUACAACAUAAAUGUUCUAAUGGCAAUAAACCACUUUGAAACAAUU